AUGGUCAGAAAUACCGUCCUGUUUGUUGCAUUGCUCUGUGCUUUCACCAGCAUAACAAACGCUCAGAAUUAUUACCCUGCUGAUAUUGGGAAUACUUGGGUAUUGGAGAGCACAGACGGUGCGGAACGUACCACUUACACAAUUGAGGCGACCGAUGAACCUUUCAACGGCGCACAGGUUCGCGUCCUUAACAUUACAACAGAAGUACUGGGCACAAGCACAGUCAAUACAAGCACCUUCUUUGUCCAGGUAGACGAAGAAGGUAUGAAACUUCACAGAAUUGUCGCUGAGCUUGGUGACGCUUUUGGCGUGGCGCGUGUAGAAUUCUCGCCACCCACCAUAUUUUUUCCGCCGAUGCUUCGACUUGGAGAAGUGUGGGAGACGCGGGGAGAGACAGAAGUAAAUAUAGUAGGUCCCCUUACGAUCUCCAGUGUGAACAAAGUUGUCGCUGUUGAGGAUGUCGUCACACCAGCUGGAACAUUUAAGAACUGCCUAAAAAUUCGUGUAGACACGAAAACCGUUGCUGCAUUAGGCGCAAGUCGUUCUACCUCUUAUCAGUGGCUCGCGCCAAAUCUCGGACCCGUUAAAUUUGAAACAGAUCAGGAUAUCGUCUUUGAAUUGGUCCGUUCAAAUCUGCUCGCGACCGAGAUGCCUUAUGACGUGAAUGACGAUGGAACUGUGAAUAUCUUGGACCUCGUCUUUGUGGCUUCUCGUUUUGGGCAGACGGAUCCGAAAGCUGAUGUAAAUGCCGAUGGCACUGUUAAUAUCCUCGAUUUGACGCUCAUUGCUCAGAAUUUCCGGAAUUAA